AUGCAUGAAUUUUUCUCUCGUUUCAACCUUCUCAGGGUAUUGGCCAUCUUCAAUACAAUUGGAUAUUUCGAAUCAUUUCCACUUGUGAUUACAGAGUUGUUUCAUUUGAGAUAUCUCCAAGUUCCAUUUUACACAGAUAUUCCUGAAUCAAUCUCAGAGCUUCAGAAUUUGCAAACUUUAAUUUGUAGUGGUAAUUAUUUUGAUAUAACUUUACCUGAGAACAUAUGGAUGAUGAAUAACUUGCGGUAUAUACGUCUGAAGGGACCCUCUUAUUUACCCAGUCCUAGAACAGAAAGUCUUGUGACAGGGAUGCCAAAUCUAGAGGAACUUUCUAUUCUUUGUUACACGAGUUGUAUAAAUGAAGUCUUUUCUAGCAUUCCCAAUCUAAAGAGAUUGAUCAUUUCUCUACCUUUUAACGAUACAAAGUUUCCCUAUCGGCUAUUGGAUAUGUCCAGUUUGACAAAACUCGAAGCAUUCAAGUUUUACGGGUUACCUUAUUUGGGAGACCCCAUCAAGAAAUUUGGUUUUCCAACAUCACUUAAGAGAUUGAGUUUAAGCAAGUGUAAUCAUUUUGUUUGGGCAGACUUAUCAUCAACUGUUAUGAUGUUGCCAAAUCUUGAAGAGCUCAAACUUAAACAUUGUCGAACCUUGAAUGAUGAAUGGAGAUUGAGUGAUGAAGACAAGUUCAAAAGCAUGAAGUUGUUGUUACUGAGCAAACUAAAUCUUGAGCAUUGGGAAGCUAGCAGUGAUAACUUCCCAAAUCUAAAACGCCUCGUUCUGAAGAAUUGCUACAAGAUGCAAGAAUUUCCAACAGAUUUUGGGGAAAUUUGUACUUUGGAAUCAAUUGAGUUACAUGAUUGCAGCACUACUGCUGAGGAUUCUGCAAGAAAUAUUGUACAAGAACAAGAGGACGUGGGAAAUAAUAUCCUUAAUGUCUACAUCCAUAAAAGUCACAGUAAGUUGUAAACAGUUUUUCGAUUCUCUCGUCUUUGUUAUUAUAUCUUACCUCCUUCAAAUAAUUAAGAUGAUGAUUUCUACAUUUUAUCUUGCAUAUACAGG